ACUGACGUAACGCAGCUGAACACUGCUCCAAAGAAGGAAGCUGUGAAAUCUGUCAGGUAACUGCUGAGUUAACCCACAUGUGAAGAUGAGCGUCCCAGACUACCUGCAGUGUGCUGAGGACCACCAGACGGUGCUGGUGGUGGUCCAGCCGGUCGGCAUCGUGCCCGAGGACCAGUUCUUCAAGAUCUACAAGCGCAUUGCCAGCGUGAGCCAGGUGAGCAUCAGGGACUCUCAGCGCCUCCUCUACAUCCGCUACCGCCACCACUACCUGCCUGAAAACAACGAGUGGGGAGACUUCCAGACGCACCGCAAAGUGGUGGGUCUCAUUGCCAUCACCACCUGCGCCUCGGCCAAGGAGUGGCCCCAGACCGCCGAGCGCUUCCACGGCCAGAAGGAGGUGUACAGCUCCACGCUCUACGACUCGCGGUUGCUGGUGUUUGGGCUCCAGGGCGACAUCGCAGAGCAGCAGCGCACGGAUGUGGCCUUCUACCCCGGCUUUGAGGAGUGCUCUGACGUGGAGAAGAGAGUGGAGGACUUUGUGGAGUCGAUAUUUAUUGUUCUGGAGUCCAAGCGGCUUGACCGGGCUACAGAUAAGUCCGGUGACAAGAUACCUCUGCUCUGCGUGCCCUUUGAGAAGAAGGACUUUGUGGGUUUGGACACAGACAGCAGGCAUUAUAAGAAGCGUUGCCAGGGACGUAUGAGGAAGCAUGUUGGAGACUUGUGUCUCCAGGCAGGGAUGCUGCAGGACGCGCUGGUCCACUACCACAUGGCUGUAGAGCUGCUCAGGGGAGUUAAUGACUUCCUUUGGCUGGGUGCUGCGUUGGAGGGUCUAUGUUCAGCCUCGGUUAUAUUCCACUACCCUGGAGGCACGGCAGGGAAGACCGCAGGACGCAAACCAAGUAUCUCCCAGCCAGCAGAUGCAGGGAAACGCCACAGACCAGGAGCUCAAGAGGUUCUCAUUGACCCAGGUGCCCUCACAGCCAACGGCAUUAGUGCAGACACCAGUGCCGAGAUCGGACGAGCAAAGAACUGCCUGAGUCCCGAGGACAUUAUUGAGAAAUACAAAGAGGCCAUCUCCUACUAUGGAAAGUACAAGAACGCCGGCGUGAUCGAGCUGGAGGCCUGCGUGAAAGCGGUCCGGGUGCUGGCUAUUCAGAAGAGGGCCAGGGAGGCCUCCGAGUUCCUGCAGAACGCUGUUUACAUCAACCUGGGACAGCUAUCGGAGGAGGAGAAGAUCCAACGCUACAGCAUUCUGUCCGAGCUCUACGAACUGAUCGGCUUCCAUCGCAAGUCGGCUUUUUUCAAGCGUGUCGCGGCCAUGCAGUGUGUGGCUCCCACCAUCCCAGAGCCUGGCUGGAGGGCCUGCUACAAGCUGCUGCUGGAGACGUUACCUGGAUACAGCCUGUCACUCGACCCCAAGGACUUCAGCAAAGGUAGGAGGUUGGAUUAUAUGGAAACCCGGAGGUAAUAGGUUUAUUAUUUCUUUCCGCUC